UAGCAUUUUAGAUGAGUUAGAGUUCAAUUAUGCUCUGGACGAGGAACGUAGUUCAUGAGUUCAAUGGAUGAGGAGAAGGUUAGGCUUGUGGCCAGCCUUGUGCAGUAGGACUAGGUAGUACUGUACUAACGGAAGAAAGGGGAGGAGAAGGACGCGUUCCAGCAACACAACAUUCUCCCCCGAUCACCUCCAUCCUUCCCCCAGUUCAACCAAAACCCCCACCCGAGCACGGCGUCCCACCACCCACCGGGGUCCCGUCAGCAUCCCACCACUCAGCGCCCAUCUGCGCAACGGUCCGCCCACACCCACAGCACCGCCCUCCACUCACGUCAUCCCAAGUGCAUUCGACCACGACAGUCGCCCCGACACACAAAUGGGCCUCCUAACAGUCCUCAAAAAACUCAAGCAGAAAGAAAAAGAAAUCCGGAUCCUUAUCCUGGGACUAGACAAUGCAGGCAAGACAACGAUCCUGAAACGCAUCACCGGCGAGAGCAUAAGCGGCGUCAGCCCGACGCUCGGGUUCAAUAUCAAGACGGUCGCUUUCCGCGGGUAUAAACUGAACAUCUGGGACAUCGGCGGGCAGAAGAGCAUCCGGAGUUAUUGGCGGAACUAUUUUGAGCAGACGGACGCGGUCGUGUGGGUCGUUGAUAGUGCGGACCGGGUCGAGCGGUUUGAGGGGUGUAGGGAGGAGUUGGGGGGCGUGUUGGGUGAGGAGAGAUUAGCAGGCGCAACUCUCCUCAUCUACGCCAACAAGCAAGACAUUCCGGGCGCGUUAACCCCCACCGCCAUCGCCGAUCUGUUGGAUCUGCAGAGCAUCAAGACGCAUCAUUGGGAGAUUGUCGCGUGCAGCGCUGUCACCGGGAAGGGCGUUGGGGAGGGGUUGGAGUGGGUUGUGGCGGAUGUGGGGGGGCGGAUAUAUAUGUUGGAUUAGCGGGCGGGGGGG